UAUAUACUAUCAGAAAUAUAGUUUUUGCGUAGUAUGUAUUUAACAUCUUAACAAGUACUGCCUUUGCAUGAAGCGUCCAUAAAAAUUCUUUCCUGAAGAUUUUAUUAUAUAAAAUAAAGGAUUGAAAAUGACGAGAUUGGACGUUAAAAACUUAGAUAGUAAUAACCAAAAUACUGAGGCUCGUGGUUAUUAUAAUGCAUCCAUUUGCAUUAAAAUAAAGAAAAAUCCUUUGGACACGGAUUUCAAGGAUUUUCUCAAACUCGUACCUGCUGAUAAACUUAAACCAAUAUUGGAAAAAUAUAGCGAUGAUGACAAAACAUUAGAGUCAUUUGCUUGGACAUUAGGCUGGGAGUAUUUCAAUAGGGCACGUGCUUUACAAAACUUACCAGAAUAUAAAGCAUUGGAGAAGUAUCUCCAAGAAUCAGGAUAUAACGGAAUGGUAAAGUUUCGAAUACUUCAUAACGCUUAUGGUCCGGAGGAAUAUGUACCACCAUCACCAGUACGAUUGAAUUCAGAAGAGUAUGCACCACCAUGCCUAGUACGAUUGAAUUCAGAAGAGAUUUCGGAAAUCGGCAUAAAUGGUUUUCUAAAAGAAUACCUUCAUAUUCUUCCAUUGGAAGAGAUUAAAAGACUUCACGAUAAAAAAAUGGUGGAAUCUCCAUCGUUUAUAAAAUUUAGUACUUGUAUAAAUUCCGAUAAAUAUUAUGGAAUUGUUGAUUCUCUUGAAUCACGACAAGAGUACAAAGAUUUCGUACAGAAAUCAAAAGAAGCUGGAAUUGAUUUUGUCGCUAUACAAAAUCUUAAGCUUUAUAUCCUUGGUUUCGGGCCAAUGAAUGAGUCAGUGAUAAUAAUGGGUGUGGCCGCUGUUAUGUCUGCUGUUUUCUUUGGUUUGUUAGCAUACAAUUUAAGAACUAUAAUGACGGACACGGAUUUAUCAAAUUUAUCGAUGCUACGAGAUCGCAGCUCUCUAGAAGAAGAUUUUCGGGACAUUUUGGGAUUCCUUCCACUCGUCGAGAUUCAAAUGACUAUUAAUAAUUAUGUUCAAUAUGAUGAGCAGUUAAACGAGACAGUGAAUUUUAUAAAUGAUCAAAAACGAUUCAUUUUUUCGGAAUUACAAAGUAUACCUCAAGUAUGUCAUUUUAUUAACAUGCUUAAGGAAAAUGGAUUGAACGUUGAUCAUUGGAGUGAGAGUAUUGAAAGACUAUGGAAAUCUAUGCCAUCAUUUGUUGUAUCCGAUGAAUGUAUUGUUUCGGGUGGUUUAACUGGUAUGAUUAGUAGAAUAUUAAAAAUUAUACCGAGAAACGAAUUGCACAUUUUACUUCAACAAAAAUUAAGAUAUUCCCAAAGUUUUCGUAAACUAAUCAAUUAUUUGAGAUCACGAUCCUUCAAUGAUCUUUGCAAUGCUAUGGAAGAAAACGCAGGUCUUCAACGACAUUAUUAUUGGGCUAAAGAAUCUGGACUUGAAAUUGUUUUUGCGAUCGAGUUCAUUAGGAAUCUGUAUUUUUAUCUUACCGAAGAUCUUGAAUGA